AUGGUUCCCGAUCUCCUUUUUCCCAAUUCGAUUGAGAGAAGAGCUGACUCCAGAGCUAACCGUCGCUGGUGUUCCUUCUUUCUGUCUCCGACACCUCUUGUGUCUCGUUCUCAAGUAAAUUGCCGAACACUGAAACUCGUACCUCACCGGAAACUGAAGCUUCUGCCUUACCGCUCUGCAAUCUACACGCUCAACUCUCGUUCAAGCAAAACGAUCGAGAUUUUUAGUUCGAGUGUGAUUGGUUUGAAAUGGAGCUUUGUUUUCAUCCAUCGCUUCCAACGGAAACUUCCACAUGUUGUUGUUCAAGAAGAGUUUGCACAAGCAGGUGAGAUGAAUGAUGAAAUGGUCGAUCUAAUCAUCGACAUGUACCAGAACAACUAUGAUUGGAUGCCUAGUUAUGAUGAAGAAGAUACAGAAGUGGAGGAGGGUGGAGUAAAAGAUACUGGUGCUCAGUCAAGGAAGAAGAAGUUACUCUUCCAAAGAUCAUCUGAAAAAUAUAGAGAGCUUGAAGAGGAAAUGAAGUGGUACCUUCAUGGGAUGUGUAAGGCUUCAUUCACUUCCUCAGUGCUUGAG